UUUUUUUUGCCCCCCUCACGUUUUCUAGCCUUGCAGUGUCUGUGUUGAGACCGCGGAGAUGAGGGACGUGACCGGAUUCCUGCAGCAGCAGCAGAGCCAGAGCUCGGCUCCGGAGACAGCCGCCGUGUGGCACCGACUGGAGGAGCUGCACAAUAAGAAGCUUUGGCACCAGCUGACAUUGGAACUGCUUGAGUUUGUGCAAGAUCCAGAGUGCUCUAAAGGAGAUGGACUCAUCAAGUUAUACGAGAACUUUAUCAGUGAUUUUGAGCACAGAAUUAACCCAUUGUCCCUGGUAGAAAUUAUUCUGCACGUGGUCAGGCAGAUGACAGAUCCCUCAGUAGCUCUGAACUUCCUGGAGAAAACUCGCGAGAAGGUCAAAAGCAGCGAUGAAGCAGUAAUACUGUGCAGGACAGCCAUCGGAGCCCUGAAACUCAACAUUGGGGAGCUGCAGGCCACAAAGGAAACUAUUGAGGCAGUGGAAGAGAUGUUGGGCGGACUCGCUGGUGUAACCUCUGUGCACAGCCGUUUCUAUGACCUUUCCAGCAAGUAUUAUCAGACCAUUGGCAAUCACGCCUCUUACUACAAAGAUGCAUUGCGCUUUCUAGGUUGCACAGACCACAAAGAACUUUCUGUGUCAGAACAGCAAGACAGAGCCUUUACCCUAGGGCUGGCAGGUCUGUUGGGAGAUGGAGUCUACAACUUUGGAGAACUGCUGAUGCAUCCAAUCCUGGAAUCUUUGCGCAACUCUGACCGGCAGUGGCUAAUAGACACUCUUUACGCCUUCAAUAGUGGCAAUGUGGAGACAUUCCGUGGGCUGAAAACUGCUUGGGGACAACAGCCGGAUCUUGCUGCUAAUGAACCCCUUUUGCUAAAGAAAAUCCAAUUACUUUGUCUCAUGGAGAUGACAUUUACACGUCCUGCCAAUCAUCGCCAGCUCACCUUUGAAGAAAUCGCUAAGAGCGCACAGGUCACAGUUAAUGAUGUGGAGCUUCUCGUAAUGAAGGCCCUGUCAGUAGGGCUGCUCCGGGGCAGUAUUGAUGAGGUAGAUAAGAGAGUACACAUCACUUGGGUGCAGCCACGGGUCCUAGAUCUACAACAGAUCAAGGGAAUGAAAGACCGACUGGAGCACUGGUGCACAGACGUGAAGAGUAUGGAAAUGCUUGUAGAACACCAAGCUCAUGACAUCUUGACGUAAAUCCCCUGUUCGCUGUAUUCUAAAGCAGAGACCACACCUGUGCCCUCUCCAUUAAGGGAUGCUACAUCUGUCCUCUCUGCGUAGGGGUGGAAAAAAAGGACUAAAAUGGGAGCAGCCCGGUUCCACCUGAUGUUUGAAACAUCUGACCUGUUCUAUUUUUGGCUUAAUAGGACACAGCCUCUUUGUUAUAUUGGAUGUGUGUCUGCACUGAUAUCGCAACAUGAAAUAAACCAUUUCUGUAAA